UCAAAGUUCAAAGUCCAAAGUCAACAAACAGCCACAGUCUUAAGAUGAGGGAUCCUACGAGCACCUGCUCUUAUAACAAACUCUAUCAAAAUGUUAAACGGCUUUCAAAAAAUGGGGAGUACUUCUGCAAAGAACUUAUGACUGUCUUUCAGCAAAGGGCUGAGCUGGAGCUAAAUUAUGCUAAAGGACUCCAAAAACUUGCUGGCAAACUCAUCAGGGCCUCUAAAGGAAUGUCGAGCAAUUCCACCUACAGCGCCUGGUGUCAUGUGUCAGAUGAGAUGUACUCAAGAGCAGACGCCCACAGGUCGUUAGGAAACGCGUUUCAGCAAGAAGCCAUUCUGGAAAUCCGACAAGUCUUUGACGAGCACACUAAGAGGAAGAGGCCUCUCGACAGCGCCAUUGAAAGAACUGGAAAACUUGUUACUGUUAACUGGAGCGAGCAACUCAAGACAAAGAAGAAAUUGGGUGGACUAACACGGGAGCAUGAGGCAUUGUUCAACUUUGUUGAGAACAACAAGCAGAUUUGCACAGAAAAAGAAAAACAAAAGAUGUUGAACAGGCUGACCAAGUCAGCAGAGUUGCAGACGCGGGUGGAUGAGGAGUACUUUAAAAUCAACAUGGAGGGUCAUCAGAUGAGACUCAAGUUAGAAAACACACUGAAAAACUGCUUUCAGAUCAUACAGGAGCUGGAGAAACAGCGUAUUGAGGUUCUGUGCAACAUUUUGAACAGAUACAACCUCCAAAUGUCCAGCUUCGGGCAGACUCUCAAACAUGGCCAACGACAGAUAGAACAGGCAGUCCAGAGGGUGGACAUGGAUAAAGACAUACAAGUCCUGACUGAAGAAAACAGCAUCACAGCCGAUGAUAAUGUCGCAGAGUUUCUAAUGGCUGAUUACUUUGAGGAGGACAGCAAAUCACUGAUGGACAAAGACCGAAGAAAGGAGGCCAUCAAACUCAAACUCCAGCGUCUGGAUGACACCAUUACAAAAACAAAGAAGGACCGCGAAGGAGUUGAGAAGCUGAUGAAAACGUACGCCGAAAAUCCAUCUUUCUCCAACCAAAAGAACCUUGAGGAAACAGAACAGCAGCUAGACGAGAUUACUCUAAAACUGGAUCUCCUGGAGGCCACGCACUACAAACUCUCUGUGUCGUUGUCCGAUUUAGAGGGGACAGAAAAGUCCUUUCACCGAUUCAAAGACAGCAUUGUGAAAUGGAAAGAUAAGUCUAUUUUUAUGUCUAAGGACUGUGAGCACAGUGUCGUUCAGCUGACUCGUCCAGUCAAACUCAGGAGGACCCCAUUCAGAUCCCGACAGUCACUGAGAGCUUCCAUCAUUUACAAAGGCCCGGCUCAGUUUGUGACCCAACAGUCUACAGAGGCUCCACCAGGCGCUGAUGACCCGGUUACUCCCACAGCUACAACGCAAGAAACUGUGGCUGCAGAGUGCAGCAGUACCGUCAACGGAGCACUGCCUCACGCUGAUGAUGACGACAAAGAACAAGGUCAAGUCACACCAGAGUCGAGCAGUAUAGGACAAUGCAAAGCCCUGUACAACUUCACACCCGAGCAGGACGAUGAGCUGACUUUAAAAGAAGGUGAGUGGCAACUCAGCUGCAGACGAUCUAAAACAGCAGAGGUUUUAUUAACUAUAUCUAAUAAAAAAUAUUUGUGUUUCACAGGAGAUCUUCUAGACAUUUACACAAAGGAAGAGAAUGGAUGGUGGUUUGGAGAACUCAACGGGAAGACGGGCCAUUUCCCAUCGACCUACGUUGAAGAGCUGCCUGUGUUAACCAAAGUCAAAUCAUCUGAUGCCUGAAUGAGUCCCAAAACCCACCCUGAAUCAGAUUGAAUGAAAAGAUUAAAGGCAACAACUGUGUUUGAACAGAAAAUAUGUACUGCUUUAAAAUGGUUAAUGAAAACUAUUUAAAUAAGACACGCGUCUCUGUUGUAAAACAGGAUCUAGGAUUUUUGGUCAUUGCUCUCCCAAGAGUCAUAUUGUUUGUAAAUGCUGCACCCAAUUAUUUUUUCUUUCAUUAUUUAAGCCACUUUGUGUACAGAAGAAGAACAAGCACUGAAAUAAAUAUGUAUUUUAUUGGAUUAAUAUCAUUAACGUUGAUUAAAAAUGAGAAAGUAAAACUAAUGACAUGACAAUAAAUGAAAACUUUUUACACUGUC